AUGAAGAAGAACCACGGGUACGAGGAGGAGGUCGAGAUUGACGUCCUCCAGACCCCUCAGCACCUUCACCACUACCACAACAACAGCGUCCCCCAACCUUACGGCGGCUACGGCCAGCCCGCGCCCGAGUACUCCAGCAGGCCUGGCACCGCCAACGGACGUCAACCUCAAGCAAACCCAGAUGAAUACUACUCGGUAUGGGAACCCGCAGGUACCGGCCGCUACAGCGCCCAGUCCUUUGGAGAGUCACCCGUUCACUCCCGCCCUGAGACGCCGUCCCUGAACAGCGCCUACGGAACGCCAUAUGACCUUCGCCCUCCCCCUAAAAAUGUCUACUCCAGUGACUCGGGGCCGACGACGCCCAUGCAGCAGAGUCAACUCAGUUUGGCUGCCCUGCUCCCCAAUGGCCCUGCUCCUGUCAUUGACGCAGACUGGGUCAACAAGUCUAACUCGAUCGCUCGCCUGCACGACCGUGACGAUGCCGACAUUUGGAAGGGCUGGAAGCGUUACGUCUUCAAGCUUGUGCCCGUCCUGACCAUCCUCAACACGGCCAUGUACCUGCUCUACCUCGGCUACCGCAUCUACUGUGUCGUCGCCGCCCAGAAGCUGCGCAACACGACCUAUGCCCAGGCCUGGGUGUUUAUCGGCGUCGAAAUCGCCGUCGCCCUGCCCGCUCUGAUGCACAACAUCUGGACCAUGAUGGCCAUGAAGAAGCGUCUCCGGCCCAAGCUGAGGCUGACGAGCAACGACGACGUGCCCUCGGUUGAUGUCUUUGUCACCUGCUGCGGCGAGGAGGAUGAUCUCGUCGCCGACACGGUCCGCGCUGCGUGCAACCUCGACUACCCUCGUGAUCGCUUCAGGGUCGUUGUUCUCGAUGACGGCAAGUCUGAGGGUCUUGAGAACGCUGUGCUCGGCAUGUCGCAGACCUACCCCAACCUCGUCUACAUUGCGCGUCCCAAGAUUCCCGGCAAGCCUCACCACUUCAAGGCCGGCAACCUGAACUAUGGCCUCGAUGCGGUCCACCAGCUUCCCGGCGGUGCCGGUCAAUUCAUGGCCGCCUUGGACGCUGACAUGAUUCCUGAGCGCGACUGGCUUCGUGCUGUUCUGCCUCACCUUCUUGUCGACGACAAGAUGGCUCUCGCCUGUCCUCCUCAGCUCUUCUAUAAUACUCCGGACUCGGACCCCCUCGCUCAGUCACUCGACUUCUUCGUCCACGUUAUCGAGCCUAUCAAGGAUGCUCUCGGUGUUGCGUGGUGCACUGGGUCCGGCUACGUUGUUCGUCGUGAAGCUCUCGACCAGAUUGGCAACUUCCCUCUUGGGUCCCUCGCGGAGGAUGUCGCCACUUCGACACUGAUGCUUGGAAAGGGCUGGAAGACGGCGUACAUUCACGAGCCUCUCCAGUUCGGCACGGUCCCCGAAGAUUUCGGCGGUCACUUGAAGCAGCGUACCCGCUGGGCCAUUGGCACGGUCGACACGUCUUUCAAGCUCAACUUCUGCCUGUGGGGUGACAAGGUGCGCGAGAUGAGCUUCGCCCAGCGUUUCUCCGGCUUCCUGUACGCCACGCUCAGUCUGUACACUGUCCUCCUGACCAUCUCCAUGUUCGCCAUUCCCAUCAUUCUCGUCAUGGGCAAGCCGCUGGUCGCCUUUGCCACGGACGACCAGUUUCGCUGGCUCAUUCGCGCGUGCUUCGCGGCGACCAUUUCGAACCGGCUGUGCGAGUUCGCCCUCUUCAUCCCCGCCGGCUACCACACGGGCCAGCGCGGCUCGCGCUACCAGCUCUGGAUGGCGCCCUACAUCGCCCUCUGCAUCGUCCGCUCCUUUAUCCUGCCGACCUGGCUCGGCGGCCAGACCCAGGCCUUCAAGCCGACGGGCUCCCUGGGUUCGGCCCUCAACGAGCGCGACGCCCACAGCCGCAAGAACAUGAUGCGCCGCCUCUGGGCCAUCCUCGUCAACUACAUGGGCCUCUUCCACCUCGGCUUCGUCUAUCUGACUCUCGUCGGCGUCGUCCUGACCUCCUACCGCUGCUUCUACCUCGACACGACCGUCACCGAUGUCCUCCGCUGCCUCGUCACCCACGCCUUCUGGCCGCCCCUCACCUUCCUUUUCAUCUGCAGCUCCCUCUGGACCCCCGUCGCCUACGCCAUCGACCCGCCCACCAUGCCCGAGCGCGAGGCGCUGCUCGACCGCGACCCCAAGACGGGCGUCGCCCAUCCGACUAGGCAGAGCAAGAAGAUUGCCUUUGGAGGCCAGGCCGCGUGGUUCGAGCUCGAGUACACCUUCACCACGGCGUACACGGCGCUCAUCUUUGCGGCGUCCUUCUUCCUUUUCUAA